UCGUUCCGUUUGACACCCCCCACCCCGCACCCACUUCACCCGGAACCGCAACCGCGGGCCCAGGCACCACCUCCGGAUCACCAAUGGCCGGUGCUGUGUAACCCCGGGGCACCCCCCCCCCCCCCCCCCCCCCCCCCCAAACUCCUCAGCCCGAGCCCGUUAUCUGAAUUCCCUUUGCCCAAACCACGCUUACCCCAUCCCCUCUUUCACCUCCCUUAUUCUCCUCUUCUCCCCCUUCCCCCCCGUCCCUGUUUUCGCCUCUUUUCACCCCCAUUCCUCUAUUCCCUUUCCCUAUUCUCCACCCCCAUUUCCCUCUCCCUGGGCAAGAGCGGUUUCCCAAUCCUCCCUAGCAGGCAGGCAUGAACCCCUUUUCCUUCAGGUCACAGCUUGCUCCAUGGUUGUCCAAGGCAGCAUCGGGUGACCUUGGCGUACAUGCACCGUGAAAGCCUUUUCUAUAUUUCCUUCCUCCUGUCAUCAGAGUCCAUCUUUUUUAAACAGAAAUCAAUUGCAAGUUAGACCUUAUAAAUAUAUGACAAGACAGUAUUGACCAGCUUGCUGGCUGUUCUCAAAGAGGUGCUGUCAUCCCCUUUGGGAAGGGUCUAAUUGAGUGAUUUAAAUUAAAUGAUUAAAAAGCUGGAUUCAAUGCAUAGAGGCUAUUUCCUCCAGGGAGGGUGUCCAGAUCAAUGCGGCAAAAAAUAGUAAUUUAGGAGGGAAAUUAGAACAUACUUUGGUACACAGAAGGGAAGAAUCUGGAAUAGUCUUCCAAAAAAUUCUGAAGAUGCUAACAUAGUUACAUUUUCAAGAUUGAGAUCAAGAUUUUUAAGGCAAGAGAACAAGCGACUCUGGAGAAAAUGCAGGCAGAUUAAGUUAAGGUGCAAUCUAAUUAUAUGGCAAAAUAAGUUUGAGGGGUUGAAUUUGUUUCUGACCCUCCUGUUCAGAAGCCCCCUCUUUAGUAUUCUCUUAGCCCUUGAACAUUAUUCCUUUCUGCCUUUGGCAAUAUACAUGAGGUUAAGAAGUCAAGUUGCUAUGCUCUGUAGCUCCUACAUCCACAGCACUCUCAUUGUAGACUGAGGCAGUGAUAUACCAGGGAUAAUGUUACUCAAAUACAAGUUGUAACUCGAGGGCAUACGUAGAAAUACGUCAUUGGAACCUGAGAUAAGCCUUUGGUGAAUGAUGGACGACGAACAUUGUAUCCUGUUCUGGCCCUGAUACAAUGAAUAGAGUUGAGAAGUCCAAAUAUGAUUCUCAGUUAUAAUGAACAGGAACCACAAGAACUGAAUUAAUUCUCAUUGAAAACUUAAAACUGUUUAGAACAAAGUCCUAUACAAAUUACCUCAAUGAUGACUUUCAAGCAGUUCAAUAAAUGUGAACAAUGGUUGACAUAUUCAUGGAGACAUAGAUGUUCCUGGGCUGACAAAGAUUCGCAAAGCUUAACCAGCCUGGGUGAUUCUUUUUUGUAAAUAGCAUAAAUCGGAACUGAUAAGGACUGCCUCAAAAUAGGCAGAGAGACACAGGAAGAGACUCCCAAUAGAAUGGGAUACUCCCAGUAAUUUGUCUCAGCACAGUACUGGAUGUUCCUGCACAACAGCAAGACACCGAGUGAGGGGAGAUUACCAACACAAGAAAACCCCUUAUUCUGUUGCAUCACAUCACAACUGCACAAGAGUUAGGACAAAAUGUGAGGUUGUAGCAAUCUGAAGAGAUUAUGACCCGUUAAAACUGGCAGCAGUAUCUUGCAGUGGGAGCUCUCGAUGAGAACCUAGCAGUUCCAGGUCAACUGUACUGAAGAAAGUUUAACGUCACUGCGGACUGCAAAGCAAUUGCAAAAGUUUCAAUUGCUUCACCAAGCAGACAGCACAGACAUAGAGUCACACCAGGCCACCUGGACGGAAGUUGCUUGUCAAUUUGAGAAGGUCAAUCAGGACCACCAGAGUGUCAAGUGAGUUGAGAGAGAAAAAUGCAAUCACAGCAGGAAGAGAAGAACUCCAACAGCUCUGAAUACAAGGAGGAAAUCAGCAAACUAGAAAGUCGCUAUCAAUUUUGCGGGCACCAUUUGAGGAUCACUCGGGACUUCACCAGUAAUCUUGGGAUAUCCGCAAUAAUCUGGGAAGCUGGCCUUGUUCUCUGUCAGUACUUUGAGCGAGAGAAGGUGAGUUUUUCUGGGAAGAAGGUGAUUGAACUGGGAUCGGGAACUGGGAUCGUCGGAAUUCUUGCCGUCCUGCUAGGCGGAGAUGUAACCCUGACAGACCAACCAAAUGUUCUGAAUCAAAUACAGUUCAAUGUUGCCAACAACAUCCCCGUCUCUGUUCAACAGCGGGUCAAAGUCUCUGCUCUCCUUUGGGGUGAAAACCAAGAUCAGUUCCCCACAAACUACGACUUCAUCCUAGGCACUGAUAUUGUCUACAGUUCACGGGACUUCCCUGCUCUCAUAAAGACCCUGCAGCACCUGAGCAAUGAGAACACUGUCAUCUACAUCUGUUCCAAGAUGCGAGAGAGCAUGGGGGCCAUUGAUUUCCAUGAGAAGCUCCUGCCCGUGGCCUUCAACACGGAGAUUGUUCACAGAACUGCAGACAAAGAAAUCAUUGUGUUCAAGGUGACCAAGAAAGGCUUUGGCAAUGUAGGAAAGCCACAGAUGUGACACUUUAUAUUAACGGGAGUGGAGGGGAUGACAGAUUUCGUGUGUCUGGCAGAGUUCAUGUUACCAGUGACCCUUUCACAAUAGGUUUUGAAAAAUUGUCAACAUUUUUCUGGACCCUUCUUGGUAUUUUUCCACCUCUCCACUGUAUUCAAGGUUUAAUUAUUAACCUAGCAAGCUCCUGCAGAUCUCUUGUCUCUUGACUCGAAGUUUGGAAAUUAGUGUUGGGAGAUGAUGGCAUUUCCAGGGAGUUACCUUAUUAACCAUCUCCUCCAUCUGCCAGGCUGAAGCAAGACUUCAGAUUCAAAUUCUACACAUCAGAUGCAACAAGGCCAUAUCACUCAUCAAUUUGUCACUGAGUAAUUCCCAAUGGACCUCUCUCAUACUGAGUGGAUUUGCACUAAACUCUACUUUUGCUCAGCCGUACACGCUCUGAAGCCAUUUGAGGUACAUCUUCACUAUGCACUGUCCCGCUGGUCAAAGAAGCCCCUCCCUCACCCCAAAUAAACAGGUUACUUCCUAAAGAAAUACUUCAAAUCCCAACUUCGCCCCAGAGAGAGGGACAGACUGGGCGGUUUCUUCAUUAGUUAAUCUGAUACUUGGUCAAAGAAGCACUAUAUUUUCAGACUAACACCAUCCCGAAUAUAGAUACAACAAUUGACAUUAUUAAUUAUGGGCAGCUCUAAAUUCCACAAAAAUGUGACUAAUCAUGCAAAUUACACCAUGUUCCAAAUUAAAAUGCCCACAGUCAAAACUAUGAUGUUUGAACUGCUGAGAGGCAUUUGUGCUAAAUAGAAUUGAUGAGACAAAGUCACUGUAACAUUAGCUUAAUAUUUCCCACUGUCUAGCAUUAUAACUUCUUUCAAUACUGAAAAAUAAUGAAAUAAUAAAAGGAGUUUCCUUGAG